GGGAUGGAUCCGUCUCUAAAAAGGAAUUCAUCGAGGCUUUGGCCAUGCUGAAGUUUCAGUGUCGACCUGGUGAUAUAAGUGGAGCGUUCGACGCGUUGGACGAGCAGAAGACAGGCAGGGUACAUCACAAGGAUUUCAUGGAGAAGUUACAUCUCUUGCCUAAGAAGCCAAGAAGUCAGCCAAUCACAGACGCCGAACAAAUUCAUGAAGAUAUCGAAGACCAAUUAGCUUACUGCAAAUGUCCGCAAAAGUAUUCCAUUGUUAAGAUUGCAGAUGGAAAAUAUAGAUUUGGCGACAAGGGCAAGAAGUGUUUGGUACGUUUCCUCAACAGCAACGUCAUGGUCAGAGUCGGUGGGGGGUGGGUCACCCUGUCCAAAUAUCUUGAGAGCAACGACCCUUGCAAAGCUAAGGGUCGAACCAAUUUUGACUUGAGAGAUCGCUAUCUGACCUCCAUGGUUGAUGGCUCCUACCAAGUUAGAACUAACUCACAGCAACGAAGGAGGAGUCAGGCUGGCAGCGAGCACACGUCAUCAUCUCCAUCAUCUCCUCACCUUUCUUCACGAUCUCACCAACUGGACAAUAAUCGAUCCGGAAGUGGUUCGAGCACUCCCAUCGGUCGGAAGACUCCGACAACCGCCAUGACGGGUGCUGGAAUGCUGUCGAGAUCCCGAACUCCGGACAGCUUCCUGAACGAUGUGUCUCCGUCAUCUUCUGUUCACAGUUUCAGCACCAAGCAACAUCCCACGCCGAAAACGUCAGCAGCAGUAAGUUCGAGAAGUAAAUCAGUCCUCAGUCCGGCUACAGUCGCAAGAACGCCUGCCAACAAAAAACAUCUCAACGAUACUUCGACAACAACAGCCACAAAAGUUAAAACAACGUCCGCAACAACAUCCGUAACAACGUCAUCGUCGUCGGCCCACAGGGGUCCAAAUCAAUGGAGAGCUGCAGGCUCAUCCAGGGCUUCCAUUGGGGGGUCGUCUUCGUCAGAUGCCGCUAAUUCUCCCUUCCUGGAUAUGAACAAGAGGAGAUCUUCAUUAAAUCAACCGCCUAUGAAAUUUUAAUUUUUUUGUUGAUAAUUUCAUUUCUUCCGAGGAGACACUAAGAUCGUAAGCGUUGUUGAAUGCCAAGUACUACUUUUAUGGUUCUGUUUAUAAGCUUAAAAUGCUGCAUAAGCUUAUUGAGAAAAUAAACAUUUGGGUUUUGAAUAUUAACGUUAAUAUAUAUAUAUAAUAUAAUCUGUUUAAAUAUAGGUUCAUUCGUUCUGGUUCAUUCAUUUUUGAAUCUUCAGUCAGUCAUUUAUUUACCCAUUCAUUCAUUCGUUCAUUCAUUCGUUCAUUCAUCUAUUCACACAAUCUUUGAUGUUUCGAUUUCUACAGAUAUUUUUAAUUAAUUGGUUUGGUUAUUGUUGUUGUACCAGUUGAGAACGAUACGUUAUAACAUGUUAAUUAAUUAUCAAAUAUUAUCUGUGUGUAUCUUAACAUACGUGUGGAUCAUAUUUUCAUCCAUCCUGUAUCCCAUUGGUUCCUGCUACAAACGUUUUUAUCAUCUUUUUUUCACAAUAUUAAAAUUAUUUACAUACCUAUAAUAAAUGCCCUUAUCACAUUAUAUUGUUAUUAUACAUUCUUAUUUAUGUAAUUAUAACAAUGAAUAUUCAUUGAGAUUUUGUCUUUAAAUGUCUGUUUAUGUAUUGAUUUAUUAUCUCACACACACAUACACACACAUACACUCACGCACACACAUUAUUUAGUUCAGUUAGUCUCAUGUUACAUGUGUUAAAUGCAAAGGUAUUAUUAUUAGAUAGAAAAAAAAUUUAUUUCUUAAUGUUUAUCUUCUCAAAAUUCAUUUUUAUGUACAAUCCGUUUUUCUCUCUCCUCUCUCUCCUCUU